ACUACUGAGCGCCGGGCGCGUUCUGUCGGCGGCGGAUUCGAACGUUGGGAUCGCGGUUUCGGGGUCUGAAGAAGCGUCAGAGGGACCGGAUUGUUUUCCCUGAGCUUGUGUGCGGUGCGGGGAACACCUCGGAAGCUGAGGCAGCUGGUACCUGACGGAGAGGAUGGCGCUGUCGACCACAGUCUCCCAAAGGAAGCAGAUAAAGCGGAAGGCUCCCCGUGGCUUUCUAAAGCGAGUCUUCAAGCGACAGAAGCCUCAACUUCGUCUGGAGAAAAGUGGUGAUUUACUGGUCCAUCUAAGCUGUUUACUGUUUGUUCAUCGAUUAGCAGAAGAGUCCAGGACAAAUGCUUGUGAAAAUAAAUGUAGAGUCAUUAACAAGGAGCAUGUACUGGCCGCAGCAAAGGUGAUUCUAAAGAAGAGCCGAGGUUAGAAGUCAAGGAACAUAUUCUUGAAAGUUAUUGUGAUGCAUUCUUUUGGGUGGUAACAGAUCAUAAAGACAUUUUUUUACACAUCAGUUACUAUGGGAUUAUUAAAUAUUGGCUAGAAG